AUCUGGAUAAGCUGCUUCCCCUUCGCCUCUUCUUUUCGUCUUGAGCAUCGAGAAAGCGGCCUCUCCUCAAUUCCUCAAUUCCAUUUCUCGAUUCGAAAUUGGUAUUCUUGAUUUCCUACAAAGCUUGAAUCCUCCUAGGUCUUUUUAUCCCGUCAAUCGGCCUCGAAUCUCUGCCAUCUUUCACUAAACCCUAUCAAAACUAUUAGAUCAUUACAAUGGCAAUUCCGGCUUCAAACCCUUGUGUCCUCUACCGCGAUUUCGGCCACCGUGAGCGCCAGAGCGCCGCUUCCUCUGCUGCUGGCUGCGGGGGGUGGUCUCCGGUGACAUCGGGCUCGUUGUUGACCUGGAGAGGAGUGUGCCGGAGGAGGAGAGGAGAUUUGAGGGCGGGAGCCUUCUGGAUAGCGAAGCCGUCGUCGGUGGAAAUGGAGGAGAUCGGCGGAAUGGAAGAGAUGGAUGAGGUCCUUCGCCGCUCGAAGGAGCUCUCACAGCCGGUUAUUAUCGACUGGAUUGCUUCCUGGUGUCGAAAAUGCAUUUAUUUGAAGCCCAAACUGGAGAAACUUGCAGCUGAGUUCCACCCCAGAAUUAAGUUCUACUUUGUGGAUGUAAACAAAGUGCCACAAGCUUUGGUAAAGCGUGGAAACGUUUCUAAAAUGCCUACAAUUCAGGAUGGUGAAUGGAAGGCCGAGAUAAUCGGAGGGCACAAAGCAUGGCUUGUUAUUGAAGAAGUUCGGGAAAUGAUUCAAAAAAAUAUCUAACAAGUAAGCAAAUCAAAUAUAUAAUUUUCUCUGUUCUUAUGUGUAAAUAUGUAAUUUAUAUUUAAAUUUUAAGUUUUUUAUCAUGAAAUUUGUAAACAUAAAUCUAUGGAAAUAUGUAAUGUUUUUUAGCUCAC